UGAAACGAAGCGAUAGGCGUGUGAUUCACGGGUCCAUUUCGUAUGCAUUUUUAACCAGCCGUUUAUUGAAGAAAACCCGGAAGCACUCGAGUAAAUAUUUUAACAAUUUCUGGUUAUUUCGCCAGGGCUUUUAUGCAGCUAAAUUAGUUGAUAUAUGGAGCUAGCUAGCGUUACAAGGCUUCGUUGAACCAACGGCACUGGUAUGAAAACGGACGUUGUAUCGGGCGGACUUUAAUCUUUGUACCCUCGCUGGAUACUUGAACUGGAGGACACGUUGAAUUGACUCGCUUUCACAACGGUUAAAUAAUUUUGCUGUUUUUAGCUAGCGUUGGGAAGCUAGCUAACCUGGUUAGCUGCUGAAAACAUGGAAUUCAGCGCGGAUGCACACCGGAUAAUGAGCAUAUCGAUGGGAAAGAUUUUUCAUUCCCGCGUACAGCGAGGCGGAAUCAAACUCCACAAAAAUCUCCUGGUUUCUCUGGUCCUCCGGAGCGCCCGGGAGGUGUGUCUGACUAACUACUGCGGUGGCCUGUGUCUCCACGCUUCGCACCAGGGAGAGACCGAACAGGGCGAAUCGGCCACGGAAGCGGAGUUCUCGUCCGGCCCCGGUGUGGCUUGUGUUGCUGGUCAAGACGUUUCUACUUUGGAUAGGGAGCCUGAUUCGAGCGCUCCGCCACUAGCGGGUGCGGCGUGUGUGCGUACCAACGCAGGCCAGCAAAACUCAUGCUGCUACCAAACGACCAUCGAGUCGGAGAUAGGGGACGAAUCGGGCUCUUCAACACCCUCGAAUGUCGCUGUUCUCCGUAAGCCGGUUUCGCCGGGAUGCAGGGCGGCAGAGGAUUCUUGGAUUGCUACUUCGCCUGAAACUGGAGAGCCGACCGACUCACAGGAAGAUGGUUGCCGGUGCGAUUCCUCAACCAAACCAGAAUCUCAAACCCGCCUGGCGCCUUGUGGUAAGACCAACAGGAAAAGGGACGCGGAUGACGUUCACUCGCCUCGAGCGGAUUCGCCGUUAAAGAAAAACAAACCGACUGUGACUUUAAGGGACACUGAUGAGGAAGGAGACGAGAUGGACACCAGCAACGUUUCCAGCCUGGUCAAUAUUUUUGGAGCCGGCUUUACAGGACUUCUGAGCAAAGAGGCUGGCAAGACUGAGUCAGGGGCGGAUGCUUGCGACGCGGGCUCCGGGCAAGUGUGCGGUGAACUCCCGUUGAAGACUUUAAAUCCAUGGGCUACUGCCAUAGAGGCAUUUUAAGCUGCACACAGGCUGUCCGCGUUUUAAAAAAAUGCAAAUAAAAACUUUUCAAGGAUCCGCUGGAUGUUUAUAGAUGUAUAACUUAUGUUGGCAGUAAUUAUGCUUAAAAGUGCUUGUGCGGCCCAGAGUUGGGUUCGACCACGUGGCGAUCACGAAAGAGGAAGCGAGGUUGAACUGUGGGUUUCUCUAACUUCCUCUGCCAAUGCAGGUAUCGGAGUGUCAAAUGUGGAUAUGUUGCUAAACAGGGCGCCAGGAGGAAGCGACUAGCUUUACCACUUCCGUUUUGAAGGUGGAUCCAAGUCAAUGGAAUACCUGUUCCACACGUGUUGCUAAUUUUGAUUUGCGAAGAUUUUAUGCAAACAUUAAGGUUCUCAUGUUCGUUACUGGGUACGUGAAAGUUGUGAUUUUAUGAGGGCGCUAGGCAGCUAAACAGGGCCGCAAGUUCUGGGCGGGAGGCCUGUGAUGUGGUCUCUCCAGGGUUGGUUUUAAUGUUUCAUCACUGUUUAGCCAAUGCAUAGAUGCGCAGGACACGACUUUAUUCAGUUCUGUCUUUGUUUUAUAAAGACCAGCAUUUAGCGAGUUAUUUGUACAGUUUUUCCGGUCUCGUUGCAUUCGAAAUGUCUUGGCAUGUGUUCUUUAAUCUAUUACUUUCCUGUGUCCCACGAGAAAAUAAACGUUUUAUGAAAAUA